AUGGCGACUCCAACUAUCACGUUAAAGCCUUCCGGCCAGAAGGUCGCUCAAGUGGGAUUUGGUCUAUGGAAGGUGCCGAACGACAGCACGGCAGAUGUUGUUUAUGGUGCCAUCAAGAACGGUUACCGCCACUUUGAUGGUGCCUGCGACUACGGAAACGAGAAGGAAGCUGGCGAGGGUAUCAACCGAGCCAUCAAGGACGGCUUGGUAAAGAGAGAAGAAGUAUUCGUUACCACAAAACUCUGGGCAACGUUCCAUUCUCCAGAACAUGUCAAGCAAAUAGCAAAGAAGCAACUUGCCGACUGGGGUCUAGAGUAUUUCGACCUCUAUCUCAUCCACUUCCCUCUCCCACUUCAAUACGUCGACCCGGCCGAGAGAUAUCCUCCCGGAUGGUCGAUUGCUGCUGACAAGUGGGAGACGAAGACUGCCGCCAUUCCCCUUGCUUCGACCUGGAAGGCAAUGGAAUCUCUCGUCGAUGAGGGCCUCGUCAAGAACAUCGGUGUCUGCAACUUCCAGGGUGGAUUGCUCAUGGACCUGAUCCGCUCAGCCAGGAUCCAGCCAAGCAUGCUCCAGAUCGAGCAUCAUCCUUAUCUUGUGCAACCUCAGUUGAUGGACCUGUGCAAGGAUCUCGGUAUUGCCAUCACGGCGUACUCAAGCUUCGGACCUUUGAGCUACCGUGACCUGCAGAGUCCCAAGGCCAUGGGCACUUCAUUGCUCUUUGAGAAUGACGUGAUUACCUCCAUGGCAAAGAAACUUUCCCGAACUCCGGCUCAAGUUCUUCUGAGAUGGGCGGUGCAACGUGGUCUAAUUGUCAUUCCCAAGUCGAACGAUGCAACGCGCCAGAAGCAGAACCUCGAUCUAUUCUCCUUCGAGCUUUCUUCGCAUGAGAUGGACAACAUCAACUCUAUGGACAAGGGCUUGCGCUUCAAUGAUCCGGGUGACUACUUGAACCCCCCUCAAAGAAUCUUCGCUUAAGAUUCUCCAGACCACCAGCACUGCAAGGUCUCUUUUGUCAAUCAAAAGUAAGACGUCAAAGCUGGACUGCAUUACCCAGCAGAAUAGCCAACACCGGCAAUAUUUGGUUGUUGGACAUCAUAGCUUGUGCCAUUACAAAGAUGAAGAUGUAUCUUAGGACCAACUGAAUGUUUG